UUCAAGAUACCAAAAUAAGAACGAUAAUGUAAUAAAUUCCUUUCCCAUUCAGUCAUUAAUGCAUGCUUGCAUCUGUGUUCCUUUUUAAUUGCACCUAUAUAUAAGGGAAAAGCUUGGGACCGGAUGGGUUUAAAAUUAAAUUUCACACCGAUCAAUUGUAUUUUGACACGUAAGCCAUCUAAACAAAGACUUGCUGCAUCUCAAAGCAGGCGAUUCCCUCCCAUCUAUUUCCUUCUCCACACGUUGGGCUUGUCUCAGGAAGAACUCUUUCUAUGGCUUCCGGUUAAGGAUAUCAUUGUUAACGAUCCAUCUUCAAGGCUCAUUUUGUUUGAUAUUGGUGUUGCUCAUAAACAGCUCUCCCUUUCUCUCUUUGAAAAACUUCCAGUUUGUAAACCUCAAGACUUGGUAUUGGAGAGGGAUGGGAAGAACAAGAUGAGAUUUCAAGCUCAGAGAUGAAAGAUGAGUCUUUCAUUUGAGAGGGAGAGAAGGGUUGGUGCAGGUGCUGAUGGGAACGGAGAGGCUUAUGGCUUGGAGAGAACGGACGAUUUACGUCUGGGUUGUUCGUCUGGAGAAGGGUUGAUGCAGGUGCGGUGCAGUGCAGCGAGAAUGGGAGAAUGGAGAGAACGGUAGAAUUACGUGUGGA